AUGGCCUGGAAGCGCAAGGUCGAGGAGUUGGAAGAAGAUAAUAGAUCUCUGCCUGAUCUUCUUGACGCCAUCCGGACUGGAGAAGACGACCAGGUUGACCGUCUUGUUGCCUUCAUACGUAGCCAGGCCUCACAAUCCGAGGUUGUCGACUAUGUUGCCAACAACUUCAUCAAAGCUUCAUCAACGGCUGACCACGAAGACGGACGGAGCAAGUCUUCAACCCGUCAACAGUCGCCUUCAUUGCACCAACCUCGCCUCCCAAGGUCUAUCCAGCAAUCGCUCAGACCUUGGAUUACCGUCUCCGCGCACCCUUGGACGACGGUCACUGAUGACGAUGAUUUGGUCUCACAUUUGGUCUCGUUAUGGUUCACCUGGCGCCAUUGGUGCUAUCCAUUCAUAGAAAGAGAUGAGUUUGUCACUGCAAUGCGAUCCAAGGAUGUGGAAAGUCCCGUAUGCACACCAGCUUUGGUCAACAUGAUCCUUGCUGAUGCUUGUUUCGAUUAUGACCUUCCCAACGAUGCACAGCCUACGUCCGCGAACGAAAGACCUCUAAGAGACUUGUUCUUUGACGAGGCAAGACGCCAUAUGGAAAGUUCAAAAAGCAAAAGAUCAUUAUCAGCGAUUCAAUACUUGGGUGUGCAAUGGAUGUAG